AUGUGUAGCUUGAGUUUCUGCAGGAUGGAGGUUCAUCACGGGAUCAGGAAUGCGAGACUUCAAGGGGACUACAGUGAUUAUGCACUGACCGAACCUUGUCCUUUGAGGUCUACUGAUGAUCCUUCGGGUCUUUAUCGAGUCUUUUCAGGUCUAAAGACGUUCCAGGGAGAGCUUUGGUCACAUGGACCAACAACAGGCGAAAGCAGGCAAAACGGAGAGAAGGAGCUCGAUCGACCUCACGCAGUCGAUCGACCCACUCACGACAGCUCGAUCGACCCUACGAGACGAGCUGAGUCGAUCGACAGCACCUUCACGACAGCUCGAUCGAUCCCCAUCCUGUACCAGCUCGAUCGAUCCCAUGCAGAGCAAGCCAGCUCGAUCGAUCCCGUUCUGUCUCAGCCGUUCGAUCAAUCCCGGUCAGAUGAUAUCACAGCCGUUCGAUCUACUUGGUGCAAACCGACUUGA